AUGCCAAAAUCGGCACUGGAGAUAGCCUUUCCAUCAGAUCUCGUGAACGUCCUAGCAGGUUUGGCAACACCAACGGAAAAGGAGGCUGGCGAGAUGGACAAGAAAUAUAGACAUAUUGCUGAGAUUUACCACCAGCUGAAUGUUGAGAGAGAUAUCGGGGAAAUUAAACUUGAAGAGUGGGAAGAGCUAGGCCAAGUCAGUGCGCAUACGAAAGCAUACCUCCGGAAGGAUGAUAUUGAUCAUCAAAUUGAUGAAAUCGUAGCUUCGUUGGCACAUGAGCGUACCAAGCUCACUAUUAACCUUCAAGUGCUUGGUAACUAA